AUGUUCAAGCUAUGCCAUAGGCUCCUGCGAGAGUGCCUGCUUCCUAUCUUCCGCCCUUUUUGUAAAACUGUUGAGAAGUCCGAUUCAGGGCCUCACCAGUUGGCAGAAGACGGUACGGAAGCCGGUAGAGAAACUGGUGCGGAAGCUGACCAAGAGGCAACGGACAUUGAUACUAUUGUUGUUAUAACUGUGGAGGACGCCUCUACCAGUUCAAUCAAGUCCAUUAAAUCUACCAGCUCAAUCAAGUCCACUAAAUCUACCAGUUCUGUCAAGUCUAUUAAGUCAACCAAAUCAAGAGCUGAGGUUAUGAUUGAGAUGGUUCAUAUCCACUUUCAAUCCGAUCCGAAAUCGAAGCCAAUCCUCGUCAAAGUGAGGAGAGAUGCCAAAGUCCGGAGGCUCAAAGAAGUGCUUAAAAAUACCACCAAGUCUAACACCUGGCCACGCAUCGCCUUCGAACGUACAGAACUUGAAGAUCACCACACCCUCUCCACAUAUAGCUUAUACCAUGAGGCGCGGCUCACUCUCCUACCUGAUUCUGCACAGUUUUUGAGUUUCUUCCCGCCAGCUAAGUACCUGGAGCCGGGCUGGGAUCGUGAUUACUCUAAGUGUGGAGAUAACCAAAUUGUGGGCUUGCGGGGUGGACAUUGCUAUGUUCGGCCCACUGGUUGGCUACGAUUUGGAUUAAAAGUGAAGGGCAAAUAUGAAGAUGACAUGUGGCUUGGAGCCCCCGGUCCAAGGAAUGAGUCCAGCGAAGGGGAAUGGAUCGUGACUUACCAUGGGACAUCAUACACCAACAUUGCGAGCAUCGUUCAAAAAGGCUACCGCGCCAGCCAUGACGGAUGGGUGUGGUCCACGAUGGACAUCGCCGUGACGCACAGUUAUUCUCAAAAGGGGUUUUUUGUUAGCGGAGGUCGCACUUGGCGAGUCGUCCUCCAAAACAGGGUCCAUCCGAGCUGCUGCCAGCUUAAUUAUAACGCCGUUACCGUCAAACCCAAAGAUAUCCGGCCGUAUGCGAUCUUGGUGCAACAGGUCUACUAAAGUCAACUGUUCAUGCGAUGUUAAGUUGCAGCAAAUGCUUCAAAAUCUCAUUAAAAUGCAAAAAUGUGGCAGUAGCAGUAGCUUGAAUAUCUCGACAUAACAUGUAUUGAAAUAUGCGAAAGUAGGAAUUAGCUAUACCGUAUCCUUCUAAAAAACAUACCCUGAAAAGC